AUGUGGGCCUUCUGGUGCAUGUCCGAGUCCAACGAUUCCAUCGACCACCGCUUGGAACCAGGGAUCUUCCAGGGCUUGGUGUGGGCCUUCUGGUGCAUGUCUGAGUCCAACGAUUCCAUCGACCACCGCUUGCGGCUUGUCAGCACACUUAUGGGCGCCGCCCUAUUUGAGAACUGCACUGGCUGCAUCAUGUGCUCGGAGGACAACGGGUGCAUCUCCUGCCAGCAGAGGCUCUUCCUGCUCAUCUGGAGGGACGGGAUACGCCAAUAUGGGGCCUGUGUCCACUCCUGUCCGCCGGGCUACUUCGGAGUCCGAGGCCAAGAGGUCAACCGAUGCAUUAAAUGCCGGUCACCCAGCUGUGAAAGCUGCUUCAGCAAAGACUUCUGCAUGAAAUGCAAAGAGCAAUUUUAUCUGUACAAAGGCAAGUGCUUUAGCUCCUGUCCGCCAGACACCAUGGCCCAGCAGAGUACCCGGGAAUGCCAAGAACAAUGCGAGCGGGGCCCGUGGAGUCCCUGGAGCCCCUGCAGCAACCAAGGGCGGACGUGCGGCUGCCGGUGGGGCUCCACGGUGAGGGUGCAAGAGGCUCUCAGGAACAGCAAAGAGGAUCCCGCCGCAUGCCCCGUGCUCAGCGAGUCCAGGAAAUGCCGUAUGAAGAAGCACUGCCCUGGAGGUAAGUCUUGGGCAAGAAGCAGGAUGGGGAGGAACAACCCACUGGGGUCCCUGUGA